GAACAUGACUCUAUGUGACAUUAUGGAAGCGCCGCGUUAAGAAGUAGUUAGCAUGUCUCGGCUCGAAGCGGUCAAGGCCCUGGAACAUGGCGCCGAGGUGGAGGAGAGCAACGGCCGGGAGCAAAGCAUUGUUUGCCUGGCGGACGAGGCUGUUGGUAGCGAAGGCGCAACGCCUGGCAUGAAGCAGUAUGGAAUUCAGUCGCUCACGCUACACAAGGACGCCCGGAACGAUAUCAAAGUCACGGUCGAUGCAGGAUGGGUGUUUGACACAAGCAAAAAGGACUUUUCGCAUCUACGUCUUUGGGACGAAUGCGAACACUUUGCGUUGCCUGGACAGCCGUUGCCAGAGCAAAUUACACGCAGCCCGACCUACACGUUCACGGCCGUGAACGACCACUGGACCGCCAACAAAGCGGACUACUUGCAGGUAUCGUUCUUCCAGCCCUGCGCCGUGUCCCUGCUGCUGGUCAACAUCGGCCGCGUGCCGCUGUGGGUGCGCAGCGGCUUCUCCAAGGUGCCCGAGUCCAAGUUCUCGCUGGCGGUCAAGUGGAGGCUGUCACCGCACAUCGUGCUGCUGGCGAUGAUGUCACAGAAGCUGGCGGCGUGCCGGGGCGCGCGGCUGCACCUGUGGGAGUACAAGGAGGUGUGCGUGCCGGGGCAGGUGUACAACUUCGGCGGCUCCGAGGGCGUGCAGGGUCUGGAGGACUACACCUACCUCUUCCUGUGGCGCCCGCUCACAGCCAACGAGGUGGCGCAGCUGGAGGCGGCGGGCGGGCCGGGCGCGGCCGGCAGGCAGCUGGCGGGCGGGCCGGCCUGGGACGCGGACGCGGGCGAGGGGCCGGACGCGGCGGCGGCGGACGCCACGGCGGCGGGGCGGGCGGCCAACGCGCGGCGGAGGGCCAAGCACCUGGAGAAGAUUGUGCAGGCUGUGCUGGAUGACGACAUGGAGUCGCUGCAGCGCUCCUGUGAGGCGUACGGCAAAGUCAUGGCGCGCAUCGCCAAGGCCGUCACCGCCGCGCUACAGCAGCAGCAGCAGCAGCAGCAGGAGGGCUCGGGCGGCGGCUCCGGCGGUGCCGCGGUGGCGCCGCUGCCUGCCUCAGCGCUUCGGCCCAGCUUCCUGACGCUGUCGGGUCGGCCGCUGACGUCUGUGGCUGCGGACCUGAACGUGCAGCCGCGGCUGGUGCUGUACCUGGUGGAGCAGGGCGCGGAGCUGGACACCAAGGCGCUGAGGUUCCUGCUGAACAACAGCAAGGCCCUCCCCACGGGCGGCUAUAAGGACGUGCGGCACUUCAUGACGGCCUACCUGAUGCACCAGCGCAACCCCAUCGCCUGCGCCAUGGUGUUCGCGCAGGUCCUGGACGAGCAGGCCGCCGUGUCCAGCGGCAAGAAGCGCGAGUACACCACGCUGUCGCGGCGGCUGCGGCUGUGUGCGGUGGCCAUGGUGGAGCUGCUGCAGAAGCUCAACGUGCAGCCGGGGGAGGAGGCGGGCACAGGCGGCGGAGGGGGCGGCGGCGGAGCGGCAGGUGCGGCGGAGGGCGGCGGCGCCGAGGCGGCGGGAGGUGGAGGUGGGGGUGGGGGGCCUCAGGCGACCCUGGCUGACGUCCUGGCGCCACGUGGCGUCACGUGCAGCCUCAACGACUACUCGGCACUGCAGGUGGCCUACGAGACCAAGGACCUGGACUUCAUGUCCGCCAGUGUGGUGCAGACCUACCUGCAGGACAGGUGGCUGGGCGCGGACUACAUCGCCAACGCACUGCAGGACAAGGGCAGUAACAUCCACUACGGCGACCACCACCUGGUGCUGCGGGUGCUGGAGAGCGCCGGCUUCGUGGGCGGGCUGGGCCGCAAGGUGGCCAGGUGGGCCCGGCUGCUGCAGUACAUCAUCCCGCUGUACGACGGUGUGGGCAGCCUGCUCAUGGUGAUCAGCAAGAUGAUCGUGGAGGUGUUCAAGUUCGCGGUGCCCGGCACCAUACUCAUGAUGGGCGUGGCGUUCACCAUGUUCGCCACAUUCAGGGACCGUGACUUGCCGGUGCUGGACUCGUUCCCCAACGUGCUGCUGCUGCUGUUCCGCACCUUCCUGGGCGAGACCAUGUUCGACGUGCUGGACGCCGAGGCCUCCACCCUGUACAACGUGUACGGCAACAUCAUUGUGCUGCUGUUCGCGCUGACGGCCACGGUGGUGCUGGCCAACCUGCUCAUCGCGCUCAUCAGCUACCACUUCCAGCCAGAGAAGGUGGAGUCGCAGUCGCGCUUCCAGAUGGCCGAGAUCCUGGCGCACUACGAGGCCAUGGUGGAGGGGCAGCUGGUGGGCGCGCCCUUCUCGCUGCCGCAGCUGCUGCUGGUGAACCUGCUGCCCAGCGGCUGGCGGCGCAUGGCCCCCGCCAACACCAUACACCGCUUCGCCAUCAUGCCGCUGGACGGCAACCCCGUGUCAAGCGAGUCCCGCGACAGUAAGCUGUACCCCACCGGCAGCCGCGAGGUGCCCUACCUCAUAUUCCUACUCACAGCCUACCCGCUCAUCAUCGCAUCUGUGUUGGGCCUGGGUGCGGUGAUGGCGCCCUACGGCAUCCUGUUCUUCGCGCUUCACGGCUACCGCCGCUGGGUGCCGCCCGAAGACCCCCAGCCGCCGCCGCCGCCGCCGCCCGCCGCCCCGGCGGCUGCAGCCAGGGGUGCACGGCAGCAGCUGGCCUCCUCGACCAGGGUGGCGCCGGAGCCCAAGCCGGCAGGCGGCGGCGGCGGCGGCGCAGCAGCCGCGGCGGGGCCGGGCGGGGACGGCGGCAAGCCACCUCCGGGGCCCCAGCACAGCUCCAUGGGUCUGCUGGGCGGCGUGGGUGCCAUGAGCAUGGUGGAGAUGGCGGCGGACGCGGCGGCGGCGCUGGGCGGCGCGGCGGUGUCGGCGGUGACGGCGGGGCUGGACAUCCCGGAGGACCUGGCGGCCGAGGGAGCGCCGCUGCAUGGGCCAGGAGCCUCGCCGGACGGCUCGGGGCUGUACCCGCAGUGGAACACCAAACAGCGAGUUCGCGCCCUGGGCACCCUGCUGCUGCGCAUCGCGCUGUACCUGCUGACGCGGCCGCUGUGGCUGGCGCUGGGCGCGUUCGUGCUGCUGGCGCUGCUGGGCGGCGUGGUGAUGGUGGCCUGGCUGGGCGUGUACCAGUGGGCGGGCCGACUGGCCUACACCUCACUGUGCGUGGCGCACGGCUGGAUACACGGCUGGUUUGGAAGCGGCGAGGUCAUGCUGGGCGGCGAGGUAGCCAACACAGCCAACACAGCCAACAACACAAACACCGGGCAGCGGCGCAGCCAGCAGCAGCCCGGCUCUGGCGGCGGUGGCGGUGGUGGUGGUGGCGGCGGCGGCGGGCCGGUGGCGGGCGCUGCGCGGCGCACGACCUGGGUGCGGGCGUACCAGGCCGGCCUGCAGAACGGCGGCCAGGUGCUGGCCAAGCAGGAGGUGGCGGGCGCCAUGCUGCGGGCCGGCUUCACGGCGGAGGAGGUGGCGGCGGCGGACGUGGGCGCCUGGGGCUGGGGCGGGCCCGCAGACGGCGCCGGCGGCCGCGGCGGCACGGCCGGGCACCGCAGCACGCGGCACAAGUCCGGCAAGCACCGCAAGUCCAUGGGCGGCCGCUCGCAGCGCGCGGUGGCGGUGCUGGACGACGAGGACGGAAUAGUGGGGGCGGCGCGGCGGCAGGGCAAGGGCAACGGGAACAGCAGCAGCAGUAGCAGUGACGGCAGCAGCAGCGACGCCGACGAGGCGGAGAAGGGCCGGCGGUACACGGCAGCCGGCGCCGGCCUGCUGCAGCACCCGCACCUGGUGGGGGUGCAGGGCCUGCAGGGCCGCGGCUCGCAGGCGGGCACGACGCCCGCACCCGCGGCUGUAGCAGCAGCAGCAGUGCCGCAGGACGGCGCCGGUGCGGCGGCGGCGGCGGCGGCGGCGGCUCCGAUGCUGCGGGGCCUGCUGCAGCGGCUGCAGGCGAUGGAGGCGGAGGUGCGGGGGGCGCUGGAGGCCGUGGCGGGCGGGGCUGAUGCGGCUGUGGCGCCGGCCGCAAACACACGCAGCCUCACCUUCCGGGAGGGCCCUCACGCCUAGGCGUCUGCAUUGCCGCCAUGGAACGCCUGCUGUGGCAGUGCCAUGCGCCACAUACAACUGAACUCGCACACAUGUACUCCUCAUUACUUAGUGUCGCGUGUUUGCGUGUUGCUCGUUCCUUGCGCCUUUUAAAGACAUCGUUGCGCAAUUCACUCAGGACGCUUGAACGCCAACGAAGCGGUGGUCAAUGCUUGCGUUGCUAGCAUUUCGCCGCUUGACUGCCUGUCUUAUUGAUACUCUUAUCAGGGGCCUGAUGUUAGGCCAUUCUGCUCUUUCUUAUGUGCCUUCUUAUGGCUUAUAUCCUAAAUUCAUGCAUACGGAGCCGCACACGACGACUGCGUGUACGGCAGUAGACGUGAGGCUGGGCUGCGCGUGUGCAUGGGAGCAUGAGCAUUACAUGGGUUCGAUUGAGUCCAUGUGGCCCCACUAACUUUGCUAACUGCGAGAUAAGGAAGCUUGAAAUGGCCUAGAUCAGUUGAGAGCAUGCAGUGCUCAUGACCUUUGGGCGCGUGCGUGUGUGCGUGUGCAUGUUCCGGACCUGGCUGCACGUACGGCGCGGGGCCAGCAGAUCUGCAUUGGGAGGCACACCGUAUCCAUUCAUGCCACCACCAGCUGAUCGGGAAGCUGUACUUAACGGGAAGACGUGCUGACUCAACGAUAUAAGAUAUGAGGAAGCAGAGGUCGACGGCACUCAUCAGGUGUUGUCGCACUUGCAGCACCGGAGUGGAAGCAGGGGCCAGAGCAAGGCGACAAGGCCGAUGUGUGGUGCUAUCUUGAGGCGGGUGCCCGCGACUUUAGAGGUGUCGAAGAACACUAGACUUUCAUAUAACAUGGGUGAGAGAGUGACGGGCUUACUUGUCAUAUAGACUACGUUGGGGUGUUGAGCGUGUGUCCGCCUGGCAGCUCGGAUUGAUCGGACGCGGUCCAGUCGGGUUCACUCGGGGGCGUGCCCAUACCCGCCGCACCGUCCUUCGAGGGUUUGAAGUCCAAGCCCUCCCCAAUGCUUGUAAAGGUCAUAUGUAUGCUAGGAGAUGUUGUUUUAAGCUCUGGGGUGACUUGCCCUCUCGCCGAGCUCUUGAAAUGCUUUCACCUGCCCUAACAUUGUGCACGCUCCUCAUCCGGCUGCUGUGUGUGUGGCUCCCACAUUCGCGGCUGACCCUGCUUGCCAUCAUAUCCCGGUGGUUGCAGAAAGACGCUGCUGGCGGGUGCUUCGCACGCACGGCGAGAGUGGUGGGGCUGUCAAAGCCGGUCAAAGCUUGGCUGAGCAACGGCACGUCACGCUCCGAUUGAUAUGCCUAAGUUCAAGGCAAACGCCAUGCUCGCUACGAGGGAUAGGAUUUGAGGAGGGGUGGUCACUGUGAGUCUUGGGGUCCCUGAGGCCGUGAGGGCGCUUAGCGUGCAUGGAAGUCUGCAUGGAAGUCUGUUCGGCCUUAGCAGACGCGCGCGUCUCAUAAGUGUCCUAAAAUAUUUGUCACUCUGCAAACGUAUCAGCGUCUUUCUCUCUUACAUCAAGGGCGACGAACUGACUGAAGGCUCCACCGACUUUUUGUUUUACACCACGGCCGAGAAAAGCUUCUUUAGACAAGGAUGUACUCGUCUCCAUUGAUUAAGGCCACGUCAGGGCAGCCCAGUGCAAUACAAAAGUGGCUGCGACGCGCACACUGGUUCUUACUAGCAGCCAUCAUGGUGCGCUUGCUGUGGAUUGCAUACGAGGCGACUAUCAUCAAGGAAUGAAGCAUCUCGUCGAGCAAGCGAGAAUUUGCGAAUUGGAAUGUUGGCGCGGAGAGUGAUGAACGACCGAUGCAAAUAGCGGCUUAUAUAAGGGAGUACGUACACAAAGACAUGGCAGCGGGAAUGGAUAGGAUGGGAGGGCUUCUGGCUGCUGUUGGGGCCACCGUGUGUGUAAACUUGCGUGUGUGCGCCCAGUGGCGUGGCGGGCUCAACUGCGGGCGUGCUGCAGUGCAGCGAUGAGGGACACGCGUGGUGACGUAAUUAAGGGCACGGGUGUAGGGAGCAUCACACAUGCGCUGUGACUGAUGCGCACACCCGAAGCAUGCCUUGCGUCCAUGGGGCGGAGGAGCGGCCGUCAAGGGGUUGUCGAAGGGGUACCGGGCGCUCACCAGUGAACGAAAGAAUGUGAAGGCCCGGUGCCUGCGCUUGGGCGUUGGUACUGGCAUGAACUGGAGGUGUGGCAGUCACUAUGUUGUGUGUUGUGGCUUGACACCUUAGGUUAUGUGUUGAGUCUGAGCGGAGCGCGUGGAGCUUUGACACGGAGCUCACACGUGGCAUGGCAGGUUUUGGCCUCAUACCAGCACCGUAUUAACGUGGAAGGAGCGAUGUAAGAUGGAAUGUUGAAUGACUGCACUGAGCUUUUGUGAAACUGUUUAUAUUUUCAUGUGGACGGGACCCUCUAAGAACUGCGGAAUGAGUGCACGCGUGACGCGGAGAAUCCGGCCCCGCACUUCAGAUUUUGCAGUUCAUGUCGCGUACGAUGGGGGGGGGCACCCUAGGGCCCCGGUUGACCCCGAGACCAGGAGAAGAUGAACAGGCCGCGGUGCAUGUACGGAAAGUAAAUGGUGGGCACAGUAUUGAUGCCGCGUACCGUAGAGCGCAUCGCAUGAGAGUGACGAGUCUGGUGCAUCAGAUUGUAAGGUGGCAGGUACUGACAAUUUGAUGGCGCACUAAGGGACGACGUGGUGGUGUGCGCAGCCCUUGUCGUAGUGGUGUCCUGAAGGAACACAGCAGAGCCGUGUGCGCACGUCCGGAGCUGAUGGCCUGAUGCCCCUACACAGGGAGCCCGUGCGUGCUACGGACCCCGCGGCAAAGGGAAUCGGGCUGCUGCUGGAAUGCUGCUGGCGGAAUGUUGGGUUCCCCAGCUGCGGCAUGCCGCGGCAUGUAAUUACACUCGCUC